UUCAAUUGUAAUAAUCGUAUAUUUGUAAGCCUGGCCACGCUGGGCCCAUACCCCUAACCUCAGGUAAUCCCAUCACAACCAGCGUCUGGGAGAAGGCGCAUACAGGCUAAUCCAACCUCCCCAGAUCUAUUGGAAUCAUCGGCACAGUCUUCAAGGUAGUACUAUGGCAGACUGAUCAUACCCGCAUAUUCUCCGAUUUCGCAAAUUACAAUGGCAUAAACUUCUAGCCUGCGGUUAUCUGCAUACGUACCGCGAGGCCGUCGUUACGUCGGGUGCGCUUGCGUUUGCGGGAUUCGUAACCGCCGGACAAUCAUCCAAUCUUUAUCCAGCGCAUUCUGCAUCUCGUCGACACUGCUCGCCUUUUGUAGUCUCGCACCUGUGGGGGUGUCGCGUGCCGUCGUCGGCUUGCGCCUGCCGGGAACACUCAUGUCUCGCCUCUUCGGGGUCUUGGCGCUCGGGGCGCUUUUAGCGAUGCUCCAAUGCGCCCAGCAAACUGCAGCUCAGUCGGGGCUUUCGAUGCUGGCGCCUAUCGCAAUCUACAACAACGCAAACAGCACUGAUGCAGCUGACGUCGCAAGGAAGACAGCGCUUGUAAAUGCAAUCAGGAACCUGGUUCCGAACGUCACCGUCAUCAGCGGCCCCUUCACGAACUUUUCAUCGACUGCCAGGACCCACAUCUUGAUGACAAACACGCUACCGAGCGAUGGGAAUAUCAGCCCAGCGACUGUGAGCGCGAUCGACAGGCCCGGUGCCAUGCUGGUGGUGCUGGCAAUUCCGGAGCUCGGCACCAUCUUCAAUAGCCAGCUGACGCCCUUCCUGUCGGCCAAUCCAAAUUGUAACGUGACCAUCCUCAAAGCUGCGGCCAAUACCGUGUACAACUUCAACGGCUUGCCGGUCUCAAUCUUCACCGGACAGAACAAGGUUCAAACCUAUAGGUGUAGCUUUGGCACCGGCUGGUACAUGGCCGGGGACACCAGUCCCGUCAUUGCCUUCUACACCCCCCGCGGGGGCCUCGUAAAGCUUCAGGGCUACGACUUCAGCUUCGGACCCGCCACUCGCUUUUCGGACUGGGCGACUGUCACGGUAUUCAGCCCGCCAUCGCCGCCGCCUCCGCCACCCAGGCCGCCUCCGCCACCAGUGCCACCGUCCCCGCCAGCGCUACCGCCCUCGCCGCGACCGCGCUCGCCGCCGCCGCCGCCCCCGGAGCCCGGAGCUGCGACUCAGCACACCUUGAUCACGGAGGUUAGCAAUCCGGAUGGCAAUGACGCGCUGCGUAAGGCCCAACUGAAGGUGGGCGUGAUCAACCUUCUGGGUGCCGGCAACGUCUCCAGCACCACCGUCCCUCCCGCCUCCGCGACGUCUAUGUCCAUCUUCGACAACACCUUCGAUGCCCUGUCGCCAGCCAACAAGCAGCUUCUGGUACGGCAGCUGUACUCCAGCCCGCGCAAGCUGCUGUCGGUAAUCGUGACUCAGGAGACUCGGAACGAGUUGCUGUCUUCUAUCGUGAGCCUCAUCACCAACACCACAGCGGUGUGCUCAAAGCGCGUCCUGCCCAGCGGCAACGCUACCAGUCUCCUGGCGGCGCCUUUCAGCGACUACUCCAACAUUAUGGGUGUGGAUCUGUUCGGCAGCGCCAUGACGGCUCCCCCGGUCACCCUCAGCAUCAGCUGCUCUAUUGGACGGCAGGUGGGCUAUGACUUCACCACUGGCGGCUACACGAAGGGCUUCUUCAACCCGAACCCCAGCCCGGGUCAACGGCUGAUCGCUACGGCGACGUUGGCGGUAGUGUACAACAAGCCCAUGCUGCCGCCGCCGCCGCCGUUCAGCACCCCGUCGCCACCAAGAGACCGCUCACAACAGCAACAGCAACAGCAACAGCAACAGCAACAGCAACAGCAACAGCAACAGCAACAGCAACAGCAACAGCAACAGCAACAGCAACAGCAACAGCAACAGCAACAGCAACAGCAACAGCAACAGCAACAGCAACAGCAACAGCAACAGCAACAGCAACAGCAACAGCAACAGCGACAGCGACAACACCUAGAGCUCCCUACGUCUCCGCCACCAUUGCCCUUCGGCGGCCGGAUCCCAGCCACCAUCUUGCUGUCGGACCCUGUGGAUCUUCCGGACUCUAAAGAGAAGGGGCUCCUGAUGGACGGCAUUAGCGAUCUGGGCACCCGAGCCACGCCGUGGCCCGUGGCCGCACAAGGCGUGCUGGUGCACAUAGCCUUCGACACCACCUUGGCUCGCAUGUCUGACGCCGAUCUCGCCGGCCUCACGAGCCUGGUGCGCGCCAAAAAGACCAUCCUCACCGUCAUUUUCACGGCAAACGUGGCUGACUCCCGGCUGACAUCGCUGCUCAGCACCAUCACUGGUGCCGUCAACCUGCAAUUGUACUCGGGCAGCGUCCCCGAGACGCAACGCAUCAACCGACUGGUGGACACCCUGGGUGAUCUAAAAACCGAUGGGUGGCGCGCGCUCAACAGCACGCGCUAUAUCAGGGCUAAUCUGGGUGCGCCCCUUUUCGGUGUAGCCACGGACACGCGGCAAGCGGUGGUGAUUGAGGCGCCGACUCUUGGCGGCGGUGUCGUUCGCCUCAUUGGCUACAACUUCGCAUCUGGCGGCCGCGGCGACAACCGCAAGCCGCUCACCUCCUUGGUCGUCUUCGCUGCACCGCUCCUUAACAUGACGGCCCUGACCACACGGCCUUUGCCGCCUCUGCCGCGCCCCGCACCCUCGCCGCCGCCUCAAUCGCCGGAUGCGCCCCUGGAGCCGGUGUUCUACCGCCCGCCGCGGCCGCCACCCGCGGCUCUGCCGCCACGGCCGCUGCGCGCUCCCCCGCCACCCAUUGGCAACCGCUACGACGCCAUCUUCUUGACGGACAACAUCACCCGCGGUGUCGUCGACACCAGCCGCAAGGCGCUAUACCUCCUGGGCCUGGGGGAGCUGAGUGACUUAAACAUUGUUAACCAGACCACGCUUGGCAACGCACCAGUGCAUGUGGUGUUCGAUAACGUGUACCUGAGCCUGCCGCCGCUUGUGCGCGAGGACCUGCUCACCCGCAUUCUCAUCGGCCAGACCCUGCUGACCGUCAUCGUCACGCCCGAGACCACGGCAACCAACCUAUCCUCCAUUGUCACUCAAACGACCACCUACACCAACGUCCAGUGUCUGAAGGGGCCCUUCGCCAACGGAACCCGCUUCCCGCCUGCUGCCAACAUCCUUAACGAUCUUGUGGAUGCGUGGAAGAGCGACGGCGGUACCACAUCCGUCGGGUGCACGAAUAGCGCCCCCGUGUACGUGUCCGCGGACAACGGCCGCCCAAUUGCGGCCGAAUUCACAGCGCCGGGUGGUGGCAACGUUCGCUUUGUCGGCUAUGACAUGUCGAGCGGUGCUCGCGGCGCCGGCAAGAUCGCCAUUACCCGCUUAACUGUGUACCCGCUCCCGCUGGUGCCAGCACCCGCACCACCGCCGCCACCGUCGCCCGCUCCUCGCCCGCCUGGACCAUCACCGCCACGUCCCCCGUCGCCGCCGCGCCCAAGCCCGCCGCCGGCGCCGUCGCCGCCACCGUCGCCGCCGCUACCACCCUCCCCCCCCUUGAGUGCUGGUUCCAAGGUAGCGCUCGUCAUUACGGACGGCCCGGCCAACACGCUCAACGCAGCAGACCAAGCGCGCAAGAAGGCACUGGCUGACGCUUUGGAGGCCUUUGCUCCGGGCUACAUUGCUUACCAGCCGCUGCAGUACGUGGCAGGGAUUUCGGCGACUAUUGUCUAUGACAACACAUACACGAGGUCCAACUUCGCGUUAAGCGACAAGAUCGUCCUGGCCGACGUGGUGAACAACGGAACCACCAUCCUGACCGUGAUGGUCACCACACCCAACGUGGUGCCUGCCAGCGGGCUUGCCGUACUUCUCACCCGGAUUACCGGGUACCCCGAGGUCACCUGCACCAAGACGGUAAUCGUCAACUCCCCGUCUGACUCCGUGACGCUGUUCAAAGCCAACAUGGACCCCUACGGCGAGACCCAAGUGCCCGCAACCCUGAGCCACUCAGCUAACGUGAUGACGCUCAGCUGCACGGGCAUCCCUGCCGCCUCCUGGAAGCCCAUUUAUGUCACUUCCUCCGGCGGCCAAGUGGUGGUGGAGGUCAUCACGCCCUCGUACGGCGUCGUUCGAUUGGUUGGCGCGGACUUCUCGCGUGCAAACUCGCCGAACCAGUGGGCGACUUUGUUGACCUACAACUUCAGGCUCUCUGCGGGCGCCCCCGACGUUUAAUUAGACUUAGCAUCUACGUUUUUUCUUCUGCUGCAUUGCUAGCACUGCGUUAGCAUGGCAGAGGGCUGUAGAUGUAGGUGUGAUGUAUGUUUGAUCGCAUUGGACAGGCAGACCGCGAGGGACGGCCUGCCAUGCACUAGGUAAUCGCAGCAGCAGCAGCAGUAGUACCGCAUGAAAUGGGACCAGCGAUGACGAGGCUUUGCAGCAGGCAUGUGCACGAUGGAGGCUGCAGGCCCGGCCGGCCCGGGCGAGGUGCAUGUGAUCUGAAACGGCGGCUGACCAAAAACGCAGGUUGUAGGAGUUGCGCAUACGGGUUGCCAUGUCAUGUCAUGGGGGCUUGGACAGGUUGCCAUUGCGGGUUGUGGUGUGAUGCUGGCGGUGAUGCGCAUUUUUUGCAUGCAUGGGCGAUUCAUGGUAGGCAAAGUCGCAUGUGCUUUUGCCCUUCCUGGCCGUGAUCCGGCUGUUAGAGCUUUGUUUGUUUUGUUCCGGCUGUAGCAGCGUAAAAAGUAUUGAUCUUAUAAAAUUGGUUAUUCCGCCGCUUUAUGUACAACUUCUUUUCGAAUACGUGCUGUGAAAUACUGCUGCACCGCCGAUGCAGCAAUUGUGCUGCGGGGCACCGAAAAAAUUGUGCGCUGCGCGCGGGUGUGUUAAGGCCGUGUGGUCGAUAGCGUGUUGGCUUCGUCCGACACCAGCAGCAGCCAGUAGGGUUGCGGUAGUGCUGCGGCUCCUCUACCCUCUGCCUGCCGUGAAGUCCUGCCGUGAAACGCGGCGAUGCUUUCUACGAGGGCCUUGUUGCUGCUGGGAGGCCAAGCGGAGGUCACAGCUCUUAUCUAAUGUAGCUGCCAGGUAUUUGCGGUUCAGGGCUGGGCCCAGUAGGACAGGUGCAAGGAUCUGGAUGGCGACACACAGUAUUGCCCUCUUGUGGUUUUUUAGAGGGCACUGUAAGCUCAUUAUCGCC